ACUAAUCAACUCUUCAUGACGUGUGAAAAACAUGUCGGAUUGUGAAAUGGGCUAAUUCAUCGUAACUACCUAAAUAUCAGAGCAGAAGGUUAAGUUUCGAUCAACGAAGACAAUAUGGAAGAUCAAGAUGGAAACGAUUCUUGCUACCAAAAAGAAUUGAUUUACAACAAGCUAUUGCCAUAUUCAUCAGAAUUUGAGGAGGAAUCCAAGAAGCAUCUGAGUGAAAUCAAAACCAAUUUAUCGCUUGCUGUGCAGCUUCGUGAACUCCGCCCCGGUGUGCUCUUUUGGACCGGGAAGUUUUCGGCGUAUAUUCAUUAUUAUGGCCAAAAAUUCAGCAAGGAAGAACAUGUGGCCUUCAUCAAGCUAUAUCUAGAGCUUUUCGACAUUCCAGACCUGGAAUUUAAGAUCAUGUCAGAGUUUGCCAGAGUUUUAAUCAUACUGCUCAAGAAGCGACGAUUACUCUCUCGAGAUGACCUGAUAAUACCUUGGCGACCUAUCUACAAGAUUGUUGAAAGGAUCCUGUACUCCCCUUAUGAGCCACUAGGCUUAGAGUGGUACCCACACACACUGGAAAAUCGUCUGAAGUCUCUCAUACGUAUGUCUAGACCAUAUUUCUCAGUUGACAGUACUAGAGAAAUGCUUGAAGAAUGGCGCCCUCUCUUGUGCCCAUUUGACGAGACCAUGGCUAAAGGUAUCCAGUACAUGGAGUGCUUCCUCCCGACAUUGCUUCCACCAGAACAACAUGAGCAUGGGUUCAAGUUGUGGUUGGAUGAAAUGAUUAGUAUAUGGAACAAUUCUCAGAACUCUCCUCACAUAGAAUCAGCCCUAGUAGACUUAUUUUCUAGAUUAGCAUCAGAGAAUAUAGGAUACAUUGAUUGGGAUCCACACAUACCAAAGAUAUUCACCUGUUUCUUGAGAGGCCUUAGUCUACCUGUAGGUUCUAAGAAGCUUCAGGUUGCUCGUAAUGGGAAAGGCUUUGACGUCGGUCCACUAGCAACAUGGAUUGUGUCAAUGCUGGGUCACACAAAGACUUGUCAGGGCCAUCUGCAAAAGUUCUUUGUGGCAACAGAUUCCUACUUCCAUCCAUCAAAUACUGGGAAAUACUCUUUCAGUCUACAGAGGGUGCUUGGUCAGCUAGCCAGUGAAUUCGUGAAGAGGUUACACAGAGAGAGGUAUAAGAAACCGUCCUGGCAGCACCCAAUUCCUGAUGACUACAAGUUGAAGGACGAUGACAUCACAGCUUUUGUUGAGAGCAUCAAAGCCCCAGUAUUCCUAGCCAUGUACAGUAAGAUGGGCCACAGGGAUGCUGCUUCAACACUUCAUAACCUGGCAUUACUCAGACCAGAGCUAGUGAUACCAACACUGCUUGAAAAGACCUACAAGGCCUUAGAUACCUUGACAGAGCCCCACCAGCUGAUAGCCACCGUGAGCUGUCUAGUGACGGUAUCUUGCACCAUGCUCAAGGGAGGCAAGUGGCUUCCCGAUGGCCCCACCCACCUACUACCUCUCCUCCAUGCUAUGCUACCUGGUAUAGACCCCAAUGACUUUGCUAAGUGCAUGGUCACUCUGCAAGCUAUCUCAACCUUCACUGUCAUGGUACCAAUAGUAGAUUGUUCUGAAGCUCCCCUGGUAAGAGAUGACAUCACGGAACAAGAGAGGGAGCUCUGCUCAGCAACAGCAACCUUUGAAGAUUUUGUGCUUCUCUUCAUGGACAGAUGUUUCAAUCUGAUUGAGGCAUGUUCCAUCGAACACACCCGAAGCCAGGACAAUGAUCAGGAGAAAGUCAAUCACCAGGAAGCCAUGGUGGAUGUAGGAUUGUCAUCAACAUUCAGUACCAUCUGUUCUCAGAGCUCACCUCAGAUAUACAAGGCAGCUGCUGAUAGACUAUUUCGCUAUGUUUCAACAUCCAUUCUUGAAACUAAGGUGUCUGGUAAAAUUAUUGCCAACAUGUGCCGGGCAGCAGCCAAGGUGAAUCCCACAUACACUCUAUCCAAGUUUGUGCCUCACUGUAGUCAGAAGAUACUAGAUGCCUUUACAUCAGACGAGGUGCAGUUGGAAGAAGAGUUAGAUAAAGAAAUUCUCUUCAACCUACAAGUUCUCUCAGAGGUUAUACGGGUCCCUAGCGAGGCUGUCCUUGUCUACAAGGAUACUUUGAAUGACGUCUUGAAGGCUACCAUUCAUGUUGCCUCAAAGAAAGGUUACGAACUCUCCUGCCAGCUACUCAAGCACUGGCUCCGGGCGAUGUGCCUCAUGUAUCCCAGGGAGUACUGUAGUAUAGCAGAGGGAUUCGACAGGCCUCUUACAGAGUACUUGCCCAUCAGGGACUGGGCCAAACCUGGUGACAUUCACAACCUUGGUGUGAAGUGGCAUAUACCCUCGGAUGAUGGAGUAGCCUGCGUGAAAGAACUCUUAGAUUUUUACUACAAACCAGAGAUAGAGAAACUCAACAACUACAUCAAGGGGGAGUCUAUAAGCAGAGAGAAACUACUACAGAGCCUGACCAUCUUAUACAACAUAUUGACUGGGGCUGGAGCUCUUCUCCCAAAAUGGAAGAGUUCAUAUAUUCCAGAGCUGUGUAAGAGUCAGGUUGACAUGCACAUCCAGGAAAGGACUCUAGGAUCAACAGACAAACAGAAGAUGUUUGCAGGUAUCAGGGAAGAACUGGCACAGGUGAUGCAUGACCUUCUCAAUCAUCUCCUAGCAACAGGAGAAGAUGACACCAAGUCAAUCAUACUCAUCAUCAAUAUGAACAAUGCUUUGAUGUGGUACAUGGGUGCAGACAAGAAGGACUUUGAGAGUCGAUGGAAAGGUUUCCUCAUCAUCAAGAAAGCCAUGGAAGAUAGGUUACAUGGGAAGAAGAGGCAUCUAAGAGCCUUGUUGAUAGAUCGGGUGUACCUCCAGCAUGAGAUGAGGAUGCUGAUACAAGCCAAGCAUGUUUACACUGAUCUUGAUAAACGUAUCCACAGCGACCUUUUCACACUUGCUACAAGCAGGUACAGUGAGGUGAGGAAGAAGGCCCAGGUCAUGUUGUUCAAGAUGAUGGAUCACUUUGUCUCGUCUGUGAAGCUAAUCAUUCCCAAGGUUCUAGUCAACCUCAAACCAGAUCAAGAUAUCCCACAUCACCAGUUCAAGGGCUCCCUCUAUGUUCUAAGUGGGUACAGCAUGAACAACUCUUGGGCGUGCCUACCAUACUGGCCACUCAUGAAAGAUAUAUGGUUAGGAAUAGUCAACGCCGGUCACUCAGAGAAGCCAUCUAUCAUGAAGGUUCUGGGUCAGCUUAUGAUGAAGAUCAAUAAGGGCUUUGACACAUCCGCCAUCAUUGUCAAGGUUUCAGAUGGUGCUAGGAGUAAGGCUAAGGAUCUCGUGGAGGGGUUGAACAUCGGCAUAACAACCGAUCAAGACUCUUCAUCAAUACAGAGGUUAAAUGAACACAACCAAAGCAAUAUGAGAUUGUACAAUGAGCUAGUAGCAGAGCUGGUGGAUCUUAUAGAACAAGGCCAAUUGCGAUGGAAGUUUGCUCAGAUGGCAGCAACCCUCCUUCGUCUACAUCUUAGGGAAGACACCCCGCCCCCUGUUCCUGCAGUGAGACUAUUCACAUCCCUCUUAGUACAUGACACUCUUCACUUACGAAAGCUUGCCAUUUCAGCCAUGGGUGCAAUAAUGAAGCAACUGAAGCGACCCCACAAGAUGGUGCCCCUAGACCCGUAUGCCACUGCUGGGUGCCCCGCCCCUCCCGACGAUGCCCUGCCCAACCCCGGGGAGAGGGUGGACAACAAGUGGACCCAGUACCAGUGUGACAGGUUACCCACCACCCAAGAGGAGUGGGACCAGUCUGUCUUUGUGGAGAAGACACACUGGGGCUACUAUACCUGGCCCAAGAACAUGAAGAUUUAUGCCCCAUAUGAUGAACAACCCAAGCUAGACCGUAGCAGAGAGGAGCUGUCAGAGACAGAACAGAUCAUCUAUGAUCACUUCAGCAAUGCAGAGUUUGUAGAUAAACUAGUCGGAUUCCUGUCAUUAGAAGACAAGAAAGGAAAGGACAAGUUUGAUAACAAGAAGUACACGCUCUUCAAGGGACUGUUCCGUGACUUUGGGGACACUUUCCUACCCGUCUUCCAGCCCCAUAUAGAAAGGUUAUCCAAAGAUUCACAGGAGAGCAGCCAGCGCAGUAUGAUGGAGAUGGUGGCUGGUGUUAUACGAGGCAGCAAGCACUGGGGCUUCCAAAAGACCAAGAACCUUUGGGAGACAGUAUUGCUACCUGCCAUGAAGACAUCGCUAUCCCUGGUUACUGCGGAGACCAUCAUAGACUGGGGGAUGUGCAUGGCUACGUCAUGUGAGAGCAGAGAUCCAAGGAAGCUACAUUGGUUGUGUGAAUGGCUAACCCAACAACCAAUCAGUGAAGACGAGGAGAGGGGGUCUUUUCUUGAUGCUAGCCGUCUGUUCAUCUUGCAAGGUGGUCUGUUCCAGCAGGAGUGGCGAGUACCGGGCCUUCAUCACAGACUACUAGGCUACAUACGACAGCACCUCACACACAGCUACAAGAAUGUCAGGGAUAAAAUUGGCAGCUUCUUAGUGAUGAUCUUCAUGUAUGACAACGCCUGGUCCCAAGAGAACAAGACGGAGUCCCCACAUCGUCAAGAGUUCUUGAAGUCCAUCCUUCCUCAAAUGGCUCCUCUGGCAAACAUUGACGUCUGGGGAGCUAUCCAGGUUUCAGAUGAACAAAAGGCUGAGGAUGAUGAGAGGAAGAAGGUCAUUAGGUUAUGUAAAACAGUGAUGAAGUGGCUUAUCGGAAGCCUUGGAAACCUUGUAUCUCCUGCACCUCAAGAGAUCUUUCAUUACCUUCCUCUGUUGGCACCCCUUGAAAGCUGUGAAUCAGAUGAAGAGCUGAGGUUUGAAGCUGUGAUGACCCUAGCUUGUUUAGCCCAGACAUUACUCCAACCAGAGACGAUACCCCUGAUACUCACAUCUUUACAACAGAUUGGUCAGGGCCAGUCCUGGAGAGCCAAAUGCAGUAUGUUGGAGUACUUACAGGUGAUGGUCUUCUACAACCUCUUCACUAUCAACAGUCUACCCAGACAUAUAGAAACCAUCGGUCAGAUUGUGCUAGACAGACUCAAAGAUGACCGCCUUGAGGUAAGAGAGGUAGCAGGGGCAACAUUGAGCGGUCUGAUCCACUGUGGCUUCCUACCAAUGGAAAAUGGAAUGCAGAGCCACUUUGAGAACCUUUGUAAGACAAGACUACCCACAAAGAAGGUAGUCAGUUUGGCUGCACCUGCUGGAGCCAUCGUCCAGCGACAUGCCGGUAUCCUAGGCUUGAGUGCUUGUGUCCAAGCGUAUCCCUAUGACGUCCCUGAGUGGAUGCCACAGAUUCUAAUGGACCUUACUGACCACCUACACGAUCCCCAACCUAUCGAGAAAACAGUACGGAAGACCCUGUCUGACUUCCGCAGAACGCAUCACGACAACUGGCAUGAACACAAACAGAGCUUCACAGACGAUCAACUUGUAGUACUAACAGAUCUUCUAGUCUCUCCAAACUAUUACGCAUGAUGAAUCCUCCACUAUUCUUGUAUCCCAGGGUGGUGUUUCACAAAACUUUAGUGUGACUAAGAUGGCACUUGAAUUGCCAGUUGUGUGCGGUAAAUAACGUAUCAUUACAUUGGUCUGAUGGUGUUUAGAGGAUGUGCACUAUUGCGUAUUCAUCAACGAGGUAACGGAGUAACUAUUCGCACGAUGUAAGUCACUCUUAAAUCAUUGUGAAAGACAACCCUGAUAAUAAAAGUAUAGAUAAUUAUGUAUUUGUUUGCAUUUUGAAAGACUGGAACAACAUGUGUGUUUGAAUCUGCUCAUCUUGUGAUGCAUUUGAUUGCAUUGUGAUCAGAUACCGCUCGGUCUUAGUCCCAGAUUGGCCUUCACCACAUUGAAUUCGUUUGGUUUUAUUACAGUUGGUCCACAUUGCUUGGUCAAGGCUAAAUGUUAUUUUGUAUGAUAAUCAGUUAGUCUAAUUGAAACUUGUUAAUCAAUUUUCCGCUUCGUUUAAUGGCCGUUCAUGUGAGUGUUCUAAUAAUGUGGGGUAGGCUUAAUGGAAAUAGUGGGGUGGGGGGGUCUGGACUAGUAAGGCAUUUAAGAUGAGGCAUUAUAUUUUCUGUCCCUGCUUUGUAAGAGGGGAUUUUUAAGACCUCAAUAUGAUCCUUUUUUUGCAAGUUAAAUACUUCAAGGUACAUAAAGAUGACAAUAUUUAAGCAUUAUAGGUAUCCUUACCAUAAUUUUUUAGUACUUUUAAUAAUAUUAAUGUUAUACAUAGUUCUUAUGAGUUGUAUUAGGCAAGCUGUGAAUCUUUUGCCGAAAAGCGCAAAAGAUUGUUUAGUAGAGCAGUGGUCUUGUAAUUUGGUAACCUGGGUUCAAUACCAAGUUGAUGUGCUAGUGCCCUCUGGUAAGGCAUUUAAAUGUAUACCAGGUCCCUAGGAGAGGACCUCAAGCUGUCAGUCCCCUGGCUGCUUGCUUACAAGCAUUCAUACUUUCUUAGCAAUCAGGGUAUUUUUUAUAAAUCACAACAAACUACAUAGCUAUUGGUCAGUAAUGAGAUAAACUUGAAUUGUUUUAAUUUCAAAGAUGCCCUAAAGCCCCUUAUCCAUGCUUAUAAUGAAUGGUUUUUAUUCUAACUAAUCAUUUACAGAUGUUUUGGUCUGAAAUGUGACUAUAAACUCUUGCAACGAACGUGAGAUGGGUUUUUAUUACUUUUUUACGCAUAAACCUCUGUAUAAGCCCUUUCAUUGGAAUUUUUAUUUUGAUAAUACUCAUGUAAUGUACACUCUAUUAACGAAAGUGCAAUCUGUGUUUUAUUGCUUCUAUGCACUAUUAUCAUCUACAGAAUUCUUUUUUUCAUAUUUUAAUCCAUUGAUAUUACAUUUUAGGAAGUGACUACUAUACAAAACACAAUACCUAUCAAACAUUAAUUAAUUUACAAUAUAAUUACAAUCAUUGCAUACAUCAUUGUUAAGUGCAGUGGUACAAAUAUUAUUCCAGUCAUCUGUUAAGAAUAAUUUCUUCGCAUUAAAAACAUUAAUUAUAUAUCUGUUGUUAUGCUGGACAAACAUUUAAUUUUGUCAGACCUCAUACACAAUUGAUGUAAUUUAUUUUACUAUUGAUAAUACAUAUUCAUGACAAUAGAGUCAUUUUUAAAACUACAGAAAUGUUGAUAAAAAACCCUGCCUUUCUGUGCAAUGGUAAUAAGAAAAUAUUUCUUUGGCUGUGUAUACUUUAUUAGGCUAUGAUAUAUUAUUUUUUAUCAAUUUUUUUUCUUCAAUACUCACCAUUUCUCACUUUGCUUUAAAUUAGAUAACUUACAUUAUGAUGGUAUAAAUACCUGUUCUCUAAUGGACAUAAAACUUGUGUAUUUUAUCAUUCAUCUCAAGUAAUAUUUAGUAAGUCCUAUAUUAUGUCCUCAAGUUAGGUGUAUUGUUCGAUUCAUCGUAUAUUAUUGAAAGAAGAGUUUGAUCAAGCCGAUGAUCUUGGAUUACAGAGUAUAUAAAUAUUUUUUUGUUAAAAGAUGUUCCAUGUUUCACAGUAAUGUACAUCAAGUUUGAGAACCUCCCAAUUCGUUUAUGUGUCAGCAAUGUUCUGUUGUUUUGAGGAGUUCAACUUUUUUUUUUCUUCUAAAUUUGCAGUCUUGUAUAUGUUUUGUUAUAGUUUAAUUAAAUAUUUGAUUGAUUAGUGUCAUAAUUUUAAUUAACACUUUUCCUCACCCCCUCCCCCAACCAUCAAAGGAUAAUCUGUGAUUCUCUGUCCAUUUACGUUUGUUAUUAUUCCUUUUUUUUUUUCUAACCGAUAAAGAUUUCCGGAUUGCCUAUUUAGAUCAAAUUUGAAAUUUCAUUGAAAGCUACAUUUCAUAGCUUUGUUACACUUCAUACAUUAUUCAGAUAAAGCACAUAGAUAAAUCUCUCUUAUUUAUUCCAUGUUAUUUGUGUUAUGGUGGAAAUAGAGCCUCAUUUACAUUUAUUGAAUAAAUUAUGUACAUUAUUUUUAAACAUGUAACAGUUAUUUUUACAGAUUCAUAUACCAAAUUAUGGCAUUUUUAUUGAUUGGGUACAUGGCUAUUUAUGUUUCUUAAUUUCAUGUGGAAUAUAUUAUUGAUUAUUUUAAUAUCUUUUAUUGUGUAAUGCUUUUCAGCGGUCCAUGUGGGUGCUAAAUACUGAUUGGUGUUCCCAAUAAAAAAAGUUAAUAAAAGUUUCCAGGCAAGUCUUGAUUCAGACCCUUGCAAUUCAUUUUAAGGCCAAAUAUGAUAGGUUUGGUGAUUUUCAUGAAUCACUGUUCCUUUUUUCACAAAACUUGAUGGGAACAGAUGCUUGAAGUAUUUUAUAAGUUUGUACCAAUGCUUGAUCUUAUAGCUUAGAACACUACUUUCUAAAUUAAUGACUAGUUUUAUCAAACAGGGAUUUGAUGAAUUAAAUAAAGAUGGAUAUUUCAUAAAUGGAUUAAUUCAAGACUCUUAUCUUUUAUCAUUAGUACAAUAUUCCUAGCAAUACUAGUUAUUAAUGCUAGUUAUUGUCAUUAUCAUUAUUUUCAUGACAAUGUGCAUCAUCUACCAGCAUUUGACAAGUCAGAUUCUGUUUAAACCAUGCUAGUAUACAUCCAAGGCUUUCAAUGUUGGCGUUCGACUUUCGUGUUGCUAUCUGAUGGUAUUCAGAAUAUAUUUUGAGAUUCUUGUUUCAAGCGCAGUCCUGAGAAUGAUUUUGUGCUAUCCUGGGUCCCGUUUCAUAAAGGCUUCCUAUAAUAACAAAUGCACACUUUCUUGAACAAGUCUACUAUCAGCCAAUCAAAUUGAAUGAUUUCAGUAGCUUUUAACUGUUAUUGCAAAUUUGUUAUUACAAUAAGUUUUAUGAAAAGGGCCCCCUGGUCAAUGUCUAUAUUUUCAUGCAUUGUACAUGACAGAAUGAAGUUUGCAUGCAAAAGCUCCUGUCUCGUUUAUUUGGUUUAUGUUCACUUUGUCUCCAAGCAGUUGGUCUAUUUCUCAGUCUAUUACCACAUGGGCUGAACUCAUCUGGGCCCCGUCUUACAAAGAGUUACGAUUGAUCCAAUCAACCUUAUGUAUAUGGAAAUCCAUCAGUGUCGUAAUUUUUUCUUUUGGAUAUAUGCUCAAAGAGAAGCACACUGAAUUGUAAAGAAAACAGUGAAUGUAUGAAUAGACGUCAUUUCUAGAAAACAUUUUGAACAAACAUGUAUCUUAGAUGUUGACGUUGCUGGCUUUCCAUAGUUGCGAUUGAUCGGAUCAAUUGCAUCUCUUUGUAAGACAGGUCCCAGGUUUUGUCAAUUUGAUCUAAUUGUCAUUUGGCCUGCACUUCACUUGGUUGAAUUCUCAUUGGUCUAAUCUGCCCAGAUGGUCUAAUUUCCAGUGUCUGCCAAUCAUUUUGCACUUUCAAAUGAAGAGUUAAUAUGUAAACACUUUACCUGGUCACAGACACUCGAGUGGUGGUAGGCCACGUAGAUAGAUGAAAUGGGUCGAACCUGACUGGAAAUUAGACAAAAUGACAAAUGGGCUAUAAUACGGAAAUUAAGAGACAGACUGGUUUUAAUGAUUUGACCAUACAGGAUGAGAUCGAAUGGAAAGAAGACAAAGUGGGUAAUAGACCAAGUAGCAAUUACCUGAAGUCGUCGAUUACUUUCAGUAUGUGGUGAAGGUGUAUGAUUAUUGUGUUAAUAUUAUGCAAUAAAGAUGGUGUAUAUUGAAAUUAAA